AUGAGUGACACGAAGAAAGAUCCAGCCGAUUUACUGGCUUCUUUAAAAAUUGAUAAUGAUAAAGAAAGUUCAACAAAAGAGACCAAGACCCAACUAGAGAAAACUGCUGAUCCAAAUGAAACUGAGCAAAAAAAAACUUUAAAGGUUGAGGAGAAGAAUGAGAAGGAGAAGGACAGUAACUUGAUUAGCUCAGAAUACGAAGUCAAGGUCAAACUUGCCGAUAUCCAGGCUGACCCAAAUUCUCCGUUAUAUAGCGCGAAAUCUUUUGAUGAAUUAGGAUUAGCACCAGAAUUGCUAAAAGGUAUAUAUGCUAUGAAAUUUCAGAAACCGUCUAAGAUCCAAGAAAGAGCAUUACCACUACUAUUGCAUAACCCACCUAGGAACAUGAUUGCACAGUCCCAAUCUGGUACUGGUAAGACUGCCGCCUUCUCUUUAACAAUGCUAACAAGAGUUAACCCCGAAGACGCAUCUCCACAAGCAAUAUGUUUAGCCCCCUCCAGAGAGCUGGCCAGACAAACGUUAGAAGUUGUUCAAGAGAUGGGUAAAUUUACAAAAAUAACCAGCCAAUUGAUUGUCCCAGAUUCCUUUGAGAAAAACAAGCAAAUCAACUCUCAAAUAAUUGUUGGUACCCCAGGUACAGUUCUUGAUUUAAUGCGUAGAAAAUUGAUGCAGCUACAGAAAAUCAAAAUUUUUGUUCUCGAUGAGGCUGACAAUAUGUUGGAUCAGCAGGGCCUAGGUGACCAGUGUAUUCGUGUCAAAAGAUUUUUACCCAAGGAUACUCAACUGGUUUUGUUUAGUGCCACUUUUGCUGAUGCAGUUAGACAGUAUGCGAAAAAGAUCGUUCCCAAUGCUAAUACAUUAGAAUUACAAACAAAUGAAGUCAACGUUGAUGCUAUUAAGCAACUCUAUAUGGACUGUAAAAAUGAAGCAGAUAAAUUUGACGUCUUGACCGAGCUUUAUGGUUUAAUGACCAUCGGGUCUUCUAUUAUUUUCGUUGCUACCAAAAAAACGGCAAACGUUUUAUAUGGAAAACUAAAGAAUGAAGGCCAUGAAGUUUCUAUCUUGCAUGGUGACUUACAAACUCAAGAAAGGGACAGAUUAAUAGAUGACUUCAGAGAAGGCAGAUCCAAAGUUUUAAUUACUACUAAUGUUCUUGCUCGUGGUAUCGAUAUCCCCACAGUCUCCAUGGUUGUCAACUAUGAUCUCCCAACACUUGCCAACGGGAAAGCUGAUCCAGCUACUUACAUUCAUAGAAUUGGUAGAACAGGUAGAUUCGGUAGAAAGGGUGUCGCCAUUUCAUUUGUACAUGACAAGAAUUCUUUUAACAUUUUAUCUGCAAUUCAAAAAUACUUUGGUGAUAUAGAAAUGACUCGUGUUCCAACAGAUGAUUGGGAUGAGGUCGAAAAAAUAGUAAAGAAAGUACUAAAAGAUUAG